AUAAUUUGUUGCAUGAGAUGAGAUAAAACUAGAUAAGUUGUAUAAGAGAUGUUAAGAGAAAAGUAUAUACCAAAUAUAUAUACUUCCUCAAUGUUUAAUGGGAUAGUACUUCAUAGGACAAAGCUGUCUUGUCCACCCUAGGAUAAGCUUUGUUAUAUAUUUCUAUUGGAGAGAAGAGCUGUACUUAAGAGUAUUAUUUUGUAAUUAAUUAAGGAAACCCAAGUGGGAAAAAAAAGAAAAAAAAAUAGGAAAAAGAAAAUAUCCAAACAAUAACAUAUGUAGAAUAAUAUCCAAUCAUCUUCUCUUGGUGUGCCAUCCAUCCAUUUUCAUAACACCCCAUCAUCAUAUAUACCACCAAACAUAUAUCACUCAUUUGUCUUCUCUCUCUUCUCUUCUCUUCUCUUCUCUCCUUGAGUUUUUGGAAUUGGAAAUCUUUUUUGAUAGCUCUUUACAAUAAAACUUUUUGUUUGAGAGAGCUAGAAUUAGAUCUCGAUCUAGAUGGGCAGAAAGUGCUCACAUUGUGGAAACAUAGGUCAUAAUUCAAGGACCUGCACCACAUCUUCUACUAUGACUACUUUUGUUAAUAGUAAUAAUAAUAAUGCAAAUUCAUCACUUCGUUUAUUUGGAGUGAAAGUAGAUAUAGUAUCAUCAUCACCAUCAUCAUUAACCUCAUCAUCUUCUUCUUCUUCUUGUUCUAAUUCCAAUAUUAAUAUAAAUGUCUUGAAGAAAAGCUUCAGCAUGGAUUGCUUAAUGCACUCCUCUUUAUCUUCACCUUCUUCUUCACCUUCUUCUUCUUCUUCUGCCAUAAUUGCCCUUGAUGAAACCAAUAUUUCUGAUCAUCACAAAGCAGCAACAAGUAUUGGUUAUCUCUCUGAUGGUCUCAUUAUUGGCAGACCUCAGGAAAGAAAAAAAGGUGUUCCAUGGACAGAAGAAGAGCACAGGACAUUUCUGAUUGGGCUUGAGAAGCUAGGAAAGGGAGACUGGAGAGGCAUUUCUAGAAGCUUUGUCACUACAAGAACACCAACCCAAGUUGCAAGUCAUGCCCAGAAAUAUUUUCUAAGACAAGCAACUCUCGACAAGAAGAAGAGAAGAUCAAGCCUAUUUGAUAUGGUUGGUUGUAGUCCUCCUCAACAUACUAGUAGUGAUAAUCAGCACAACAAGGAUAUUAAAACUCAGCAAAACGGUGUCGUCCUGCCUCUACAGCUGGAACUUAGUACUUCAUUAUCAGAUUACAACAAUCAUCAUCAUGAUCAAAAACCUGGAGGAGUAGUUGACUUUACUCAACUAGCUUCUUCUCAUCAUCAUCAUCAUCAUCAUCAUCAUGGCCUUCCUCUUCCUCCUAAUAACAAAAAUAAUAAUUCAGUACCUGUUUGGAUACAUGGAUUAAUGGAUUCCCAGUUGAAAUCAUCAUCAUCAAAUUCAAAUUCCAAAGCAAACAGUACUACUUGCUCAAAUACUGGUGCAGGGGUUGAUCUAGAGCUGAAUCUGGGUGGAGGGCCAGCAAGGCCUGCUGCUGCUGCUGCUGCUAGUUUGGAACAAAAUAAUAAUAAUAAGUCAUCAAAUCCAUGUCCAGGUCUCCUCUUUGUUGGCCCUAUUACUGUUACAUGAUAUCAAUGAUAAUAUUACAUAGAUAUAUAAAUCAUUUUGCAGUCUUUAUUAAUGUAUCCCAGGAAUUAAGUAGAACUUCACCAAGGAAGAUCGAAUUCACAGAAUCUCACUGCCACUAUAAUUAGAAUCUUAACAGAUCUUGGAGGUCCGGCAUAUAUAGCAGGAAUAUCUUUAUUAAUUCUUUUUUAAUUUUUUUUCUUAUCUUUUUUUCUGUAAUAAACAGAUGUAUCAGUACUAUUUGCUGUAGUAUAAUAUCAGUAUAUAAACAUGUUCUAUUGAAUUGAAUUACAUAUAUGAUAUAUGUAUAUGGCUGCAAAUUAUUAUGAUGAUGAUUUUAAGAGGGUAGAGCCAUCCCACUCUUUCUGUAUUGCCAUUUGGCUCAUUAUUAUUGUUGUUGUUAUUAUAAUAUCUAAUCAAAGUUUCUCAAA